CCUUGUCCCCUCGCAGCCUUACAGCCCUUGUCGUGUCCGCGUCUAUAAAAUUCGAGCGCGCGAGCCAGCUACCCUCAUGCGGCUCGCAAGUUGCAAUCGCCUCACGAGGUAGCUGGGCUUGGAGGUGGAGGAGAGACGUGCAGAAGCGAUCGAUCGAUCCAUCAGUCAACGGCGGGCAUGGCAACCUCGGCUGGUGGCGGCGCGCCCGGCUCGCCGUGCGGGGCGUGCAAGUUCCUGCGGCGCAAGUGCUCCGCGGAGUGCGUGUUCGCGCCCCACUUCUGCGCGGAGGACGGGCCGGCGCAGUUCGCGGCCAUCCACAAGGUGUUCGGCGCCAGCAACGCGGCCAAGCUGCUGCAGCAGGUGGCCCCCGGCGACCGGAGCGAGGCGGCGGCCACCGUCACGUACGAGGCGCAGGCCAGGCUGCGCGACCCCAUCUACGGCUGCGUCGCCCACAUCUUCGCGCUGCAGCAGCAGGUGGCGACCUUGCAGAUGCAGGUGCUGCAGGCGAAGGCGCAGGUUGCCCAGACGAUGGCGGCGGGCAGCCCUCUCCUGCAGCGGUGGCCGAUGGAACCCGAGUCGCUGUCGACGCAGAGCUCCGGGUGCUACAGCGCGCCGAGCUGCGACGGGUCGGCGUCGCUGCAGGAGAUGUACUGCUUCGGCGAGCAGGAGGAAGGCAGCUACACGAGAUGAACAUGCAAUCCAUCCUCAUCGCUUCACCCCCACCCCCUCCUCCCCGGCGCUAAAGAGAGAGAGAGAGAGAGAGAAGAGCAUGCACCUAGCUAAAAGCUUCUCCAUAAUUUGCAUCGUGUAUUUUGUUUUAAAAAAUAUGGAUUACUCUGUAUUACUCGCCGGUGUCAGCUGUAAAGGGUGCAUGCAACUCAGAAUAUGGAUUCGAGAGAGAAAAAUGCACGUAAUUUCACUUGUAAAAAAAAUAAA